GCUCCAGCGCGUUUAUUGGGUCGAGCUUUAUCAUCAAGAAGAAGGGUUUGCAGAGAGCCGGAGCAUCCGGCUCUCGCGCCAGUUGGAAACAAUAUCCAUAUAUGAUUUUGAAUUGACUCAACAACUCUUAUUAGCUAGCUCGUUGCUGCAGUUAAGACACUCUGUCUCAUUCUCGUAGUUGAUAUUUUUCGCCUUGUCAUGGGUGAAGACAUUUGGGAGAUUAGGAUUUACCAUAAAUUUAAUGUGAUUUCUAUUUUAGAUUAAUAAUAUUUUCUUUGUAGCUUGAGGUAGUUUAAAACAUCAGGAUGUCUCAAGUGCGAAGGCAUAGCCUCUUGUUGCUUAGGCCUUAGAUAGAAUCUGAUUCAUAGUAUAAUUUAUGUUGGGGAAUUGCAUUAGUAAUGAGGGGUAUUGUCUCUAAAUAAUGUAUUCACACGUGCACAUAUUAUAGUGAUAUUCUGGAACGUCUGAUGAAAUAGAAAGUGUUAAAAUGAAGGUUCGGGAGGAUAUGGAUAUCUGCAAGAACCACUCUGGUGGAUUGGCAUGUUCACUAUGGUUAUUGGAGAAUUUGCCAAUUUUGUAGCUUACAUGUAUGCUCCUGCUGUUCUCGUCACCCCACUUGGAGCAUUAAGUAUAAUAGUAAGUGCUAUUUUAGCUCAUUUCUUACUCAGAGAGAAACUACGGAAGUUAGGAAUAUUGGGAUGUGUUUUGUGUAUAGUGGGUUCCACAAUCAUAGUGCUUCAUGCACCGGGUGAACAUAACAUUAGCUCAGUAGAUCAAAUCUGGGAUCUAGCAACACAACCAGCGUUUCUUUUGUACAUAGCUUCAGCAGUGGCAGUGGUGUUGGUACUUGUUUUGUAUUGUGAACCACGCUAUGGACAGACAAAUAUAAUGGUGUAUAUUGGUGUUUGCUCUAUCAUCGGAUCCGUAACUGUUAUGAGCAUCAAAGCAGUCGGUAUAGCUAUAAAACUCACGCUGGAGGGCUAUAGUCAGGUGGCCCACUUCCAGUCCUGGAUAUUUGCCAUGGUUUCGGCUUCUUGUAUAAUCACUCAGUUGAUCUACUUAAACAAGGCUUUAGACACAUUUAACACUGCCGUGGUUUCUCCCAUUUAUUAUGCCAUGUUCACAUCGCUUACAAUCUUUGUGAGUGCCAUCAUGUUCAAGGACUGGGCCGGUGAGAGUGCUAGUGACAUCGUCUCUGUUCUCUGUGGAUUCAUUACCGUGCUUUCUGGUACGAUGGUUCUGCAUGGUACAAGAGAGCCCGAAAAGCUUCCAUCUGCAGGUAACGCCUCAACAGUCGCAAGGCAUUUCAUUCAUUUUACAUGUUCACAUAAUAAUGCUGCAACUUGGUCUUGCUUGUCAAGCCUAUGCCUGUGUCUCUAUCAGACUCUUUUGAUAAACCAAAGGCUUUCAGAAAAAAACAAUUACUGUGUUAAGGUUUUGCAGACUAUUCUGCACUUCCUCAAAUAUCAUGGGUUGUGCAUUCGAAUGGCGAGAUAUGGAAACAAAAAGAGAAUGAUGAAUUGCAUGGGGAGUUUGUAGCAAUAAUCCAUCAAGACCAUUUCAAGUGAGGUAUCCCAAGCUUACAAGUAGUCAUGCAGAUGGCCAUGCUAUUUUUGCUGCGAGCAUAUUCAUGUUGAUUUUCUGUAAGCUCUUCAGGUGAGCCGUGUGUUAGGAUUGGAUUUGUAGGAAUAGUUUGCAACGGUCAUUAGGACAUACAUACGAUGAUGUUAUAGCCAUUUUGAGCUGUGCAUAGAUGUUAGCUUGCUUAUGUCAACCUUGUUAUUCUUUCCUCAUAGUUACUCGGAGAAUGGCCAUAUUCCAUCUGUAAAUGAUUGUUAAUUCUUCGGUCUGUAUUCAUGAAAUCGGACUCUUUCUCA